AUGUCGACACCAGAGGACCUCCGACGCCUGAUCGAGGAUCUGAGAGUACGAGCAGAGCGCGCCGAGUUGCUGGCGGAUCAAGAGCGACGCGAAAAGGAGAAGGAGAAGGCACGGGGAGAUGAGCUCAAGGCACGGGGAGAUGAGCUCAAGGCACGGGGAGAUGCGAUGGCAGCACGGGCGGCCGAGCUGGAGGCACGACAAGCACCGACACGACUGCUUGACUACAUCCGCGGAGUCGACCAAAACGUAUUCGCUGCAUUCACCGUCGAAAGAGCAUCUAGUGCAUUAUCGCAAGGCACGACGGCGGUUGGGGGGCGGUUUUACCCGCAACAUUUCAAGCCCUGGCCAGAUUUUGAAAGCACCCACGCCACCCUUUUCAGCACGCUUGUCCGGGUGUUUGACGACGAUGGAGGAGCGUACUUCCCGUCCCCCGUGUCCAUCGAGACCACGGGCGGCGACAUCAGCCCUGCGGCCGCUGACGAACAAGACCUGCGCCCGUUUAUCCGGGCAUCAAUCGAGAAGCCGGCUGCUCGAAUCAUCUCCAAGUACCUCGACAUUGUCCAGCAUCCCACGAUUGCAUCGAUCCGGUUCCGGAACAACGCGUACGGGCUUGACAUCGGCCGUAGUGACGAGCCGGAACUUCAACAACACCCGCACGAUGAGACCGACCAGCAACGCCAACAAGAACAACGGGUCAUGCAUGAAAGACGGCUACAGAAGCACAGCUCGCCCGUCAAGACUGUCGGCGUGCCCGACCGCUGGGCUUUUGCCGAGCGCCGCGAUGAACCGACCACAAUACACAUCCUAGUCGCUGAGUACAAGGCCGCGCAUCGACUCCCUGCAGCGAAGAUUCGCGCCGUCUUGUCCGCCCCCCCCACCGACGACUUCUUCCCACGCGCAGCAAAGCAGGAUGGGCUCUCCUCCGAGGGAAAGGGUUCCGUGCUUGUCGCCAAGGUACUCUGCCAAGCAUACCAUUACAUGGUCACAUCCGGCCUCGAAUUUGGCUACGUGGCCUCAGGGGAAGGGCUGGUUCUCCUGCGUGUCCCAGAAACUGACGCAAACACGCUACACUACGUAUGGUUCGUCUUUCCCUCCGCAAGUGUGCCAGGCGCCGAAGACAACACGGCCGUUCCGAGAGAACCGCAGGACACGGCCGUCUCCUAUCUUGCCAGUCUCAGUAUGCUGGCUCUUGACUCUACCCCGCGGUCAAGCGAAUGGAUUAGUGAUGCCAUCAGCCGCUUACAGCGAUGGCCGGGGCCGAAAGUGGCUACUGCGUCGCCGGCAACGGGCCCCCAACUGCGCCGCCCCGACCGAGAUGGUGGUGGUGGUGAUGGUGGUGGUGGUGGUGCUGGCGGCAACGACGGGCAAUCUGCAAGCAAGGGCCUGGCUACUGAGCAAUCGGCGGCUCACAGAGGCGUGAAGCGCGCUCGCCGGUCGGAGCAGGCCGGGAACAACCCGUCGACAACGACUACAACACGCACUCCAGCUGUUACGCCCUCCACCCCAUCUCCUCGCCGCUUCAUAGUCGAGCCUCCCACCUUGCCAUACUGCACACAGGCCUGCCUCCACGGCCUUGUUUGCGGCCUGCCGUUAGACAACAAGUGUCCAAACGCAACACUUCACGCGGCCGCUGGACCUUGCUCGUCUUCUGUGGGGGCGACCAGACACGCUCUUACUGCUAGGGACGUUCGUGCCUGUGUGGUGGCGCAGCUAGCCAAGAACAUGGAUAAGGACUGCGAGUGUCUGGACAAGUAUGGCUGCUUUGGCCGCUACGGCGUACUUUUCAAGAUCACUGUUACUGGCUACGGCUACACCUUCGUGGCCAAGGGUGUGCAGUACCACCACCGCACCGUGCUAGAGCGCGAGGCGGCUGUGUAUCGCUGCCUCGAGACCUUCCAAGGCCGGCUCAUCCCCAUCUGUCUCGGGGUUAUUGAGCUUGAACGGGACAUACCGCUGCACUCAUGUGCAUUCGUCUCGCACCUGAUGCUGCUGUCCUUUGCAGGACCUGACCUUGGGGCCCGCUCAUUGAAGACGAAGGCGGAGCUCUUUCCUAAGGAUGUGGACUGGCUCGCAGAGACGGACCGAACGUGGGACGAGCUCGCGGCCGCUGGCCUGCGUGAUGACGAUCUGCGAGAACGCAACGUAGCAUGGAACGCGGAGGUCGGCCGCGUCAUGCAAUUUGAUUUUGACCAAGCGACGGUCCUCCUUUCACCUCCUGCCCCGACUCCAACCUCGAGUCUACGAUCGUGCUCGCCACCACCGCCAUCAUCACCACUUCAGUCUCCGCUGCUUUCCAAGACUGACCUUAGCGCGUACCACGACGGUGGAAUGCAGCGAGAUAAUGGCCUGGAGGCGGCAACGUGA